CUGCUGCGGCUGACGUCAGCGGCUGUGUGGAGGAGUAUAGGCUGUGCUGUCAGCCCAGUGUCAGUCUGAUGAAGAUUGGCAUGCAGGCUGUGACUGGAGAUUCGGAUGUUUGAUGCGGGCCAGCUAAAUUCUCGAUGUGAAGCUGUCCCAUGAUGCAACAUGAUUCCCCACCGCCUGCAUUGACAAUGAUGGCCACCCAGAGCGUUCCUCCUCCAACAUACCAGGAAAGUCAACAGAUGACGGGCACAACUCAGCAGAACUCCAAGACCCCACAGGUCCAUAUCCCAGCAGCCUCUGCAGCAGGAAAUAACUCUGUCAGUGUGACCCUUGACCCCCAGGCCCAGCUUGAGUCUGACAAGAGAGCUGUUUACAGUCAUUUUCAAAGACAUCCGUUGUUCCCCCUGCUGGCUCUGCUGUUUGAGAAAUGUGAACAGGCCACGCAGGGAUCCGAAUGCAUCACGUCGGCCAGCUUCGAUGUAGACAUUGAAAACUUUGUCCACCAGCAAGAACGAGAACACAAGCCCUUCUUCAGUGAGGAUCCGGAGCUUGACAACUUGAUGGUGAAGGCUAUCCAGGUAUUACGGAUCCACUUACUGGAGCUAGAGAAGGUCAAUGAGCUCUGUAAGGACUUCUGCAAUCGCUACAUCACCUGCCUCAAGACCAAAAUGCACAGCGACAACCUUUUGCGCAACGACCUCGGAGGGCCCUACUCUCCGUCCCACACCAGUCUCAGCGUGCAGCAGGAACUAAUUCAGACCUCCUCUCCAUCCAUGACCUCUGUCUCCAGUUCUGUUAACUCUUCAGGGAUUGUGGUGCCCACCGGAGGUCUGCAGCAAAGCAACGUCGCCAUGACCACCAUCAACUCACAAGUGGUAUCAGGUGGAACCUUGUACCAGCCGGUUGCCAUGGUGACAUCGCAAGGGCAAGUGUUAACGCAGGCACUACCUCCAGGAACCAUCCAGAUUCAGAACUCGCAGGUAAAUGUGGACUUGUCAUCUCUUUUGGACAGUGAAGACAAGAAGUCAAAGAACAAGAGAGGGGUCCUGCCCAAACACGCCACUAACAUCAUGCGUUCCUGGCUCUUCCAGCAUCUCAUGCAUCCAUACCCAACAGAAGAUGAGAAGAGGCAGAUUGCUGCACAAACAAGUCUCACCCUCUUGCAAGUGAACAACUGGUUCAUCAAUGCCCGGCGCCGUAUUCUUCAGCCCAUGUUGGAUGCCAGUAAUCCAGACCCAGCUCCUAAGGCGAAGAAAAUGAAGUCCCAGCACCGCCCCACACAGCGCUUCUGGCCAGACUCCAUCGUGGCUGGAGUACUACAGACGCACAGAUCUCAGACAGUGAACAACUCAGAAAACCCGCUCAGCAUGGACGGCCUCCAGUCGCUGUCCUCAGACUCCGCCACCCUGGCCAUGCAGCAGGCCAUGCUGGGGGCCGACGACUCCAUGGACGGCACGGAGGACGACGAGGACGAGGAGGAGGAGGAAGAAGAGGAAGGCAUGGACGAAGAAGAAGAGGAGGAGGAGGAGGAAGACGGAGAGGAGGAACAUGACAGAGGAAGGCAACUGUCCGGCAGGGGAGGAGGACGAAGAGAGCUCAGCAUGGAGGCAGGAGAUGAGCUGGAGUACGGCCCUGUUAUCACUGUGCAGGUGUCCAGAAUGUCAAUCGCCCAGGCAGCGGCCAAGGCCAUGUUAUCAGAUGCCCUGCUGCAGGACAGCUCUGGGAUAUACAGGAUCAACCACCUGGAACUGGAGCUUCCUCUGGACAAGGUCAUCAAGUAUGUGUCUGUGGGCCUCCCACUAAUGCUGGUUUGCAUGGCCUUCGCCCGCGAGAUCUCCCUGGGGCCUCAAAUCAGCUGCUUCCCUCCCAGCAAUUUCACAGUUAAGCAGGCCGACUAUGUCGACACGUACUGCUGGGAUUCUCUCAUGCAUCACGAGUUUGACGGCGACGGGAACUUUGAGGAGCGCUCGCUCUGGGUGCACAAAAUGUUUCCUUACUCUCUUUUGGCCAUGGCCAUCCUGAUGUACCUGCCGGCUCUCAUCUGGCGCCAGCUUGUCACACCCACACUGGGCUCAGACCUCCUCUUCAUAAUAGAUGAACUUGACAAGUCUUACAACCGAUCCGUCCGACUGGCCCAAAGCAUCCUGGAUAUGCGGCAGAGUACAAAAAACCCGCUCACAUUUCAGGCUGAGCUUCAAAGAGCCAAGCGGAAGAGAUACUUUGAGUACCCCCUUCUGGAGAGAUACAUGCAGUGCAAGCAAAAUUCUUACUUCCUCGUCAGCAUGCUGUUUUUGCGGGGCUUCCUCCUCCUGACCUUUAUGACCUCUGCCUGCCUGUAUCUUGCCUACUUCCACCUUUCGGCCUUGCUACAGGAUGAGUUUAACUGCUUUGUUCGUACAGGCAUGCUGCGGGAUCAGAACUGGAUUCCUGAACUGGUUCAGUGCAAGAUGAUUGGGCAGCUGGUCUUUCAGGUGAUAAGCGUGGUCAACGGAGCAAUCUACAUCCUGCUGGGACCCAUCGUCCUUUUUAGCAUUAUUCGACUCUUUGUUUGGGACACUAGCUUCAUCUCUGUGUAUGAGGUCCUCCCAGCACUGGAUCUCAUCAACCGCCAACGACUGAGCUGCCCACUGAACGACCUCAACGUUCUCUUGCUGUUUUUGCGUGCCAAUGUAGCUCACCUGAAAUCCUACGGGCAGGUAAGAGCUUUGUGCUCUCUUGCACCGCCACAAGUGGGCAACGCAACAGCCGGGCAGGGCUUGAACGCAAUGCUGACACAAGAAGAAAUGGAGGAACGUGAAGAAGCGGCGAUGGAGCUCGCGGAAGAAAUAGGGGAGGCCAAGGAGGAAGGAAAGCUCAACUUGGUGGACAUCAUGACCAUUCUGGGAGCGGCUCAGGGACGAGUGGUGAACUGCAGUGAGAAGAAGCCCCUAAUGGAAGAAAAUAUGAGCCUGGAGCCAAACCACCAGGGGUACCAUGAGUUGAAGGAGACUGCACCAUUUAGUCAGUACUAGACCUUCAAUGGACUCAAUCAAUGUGAUAGCAGUGGGGGGCUGGGAGUUUUAAGACGUUUGGGAGAACAGAGGGUUGGACACCAGUUGGGGCUCAGCACUUUAGGAGAAAAAAAAAAAGCCUCCUUUAGAAUUUCAGGUCAAAUUGUUCUGACUAGAAAUGUCAAUGGGAUAUGGAUUUGUCAGGUUUUAGCUUCUGGGCAUGUGUAGCUGCCACAGAUCUUUCUUCUGUCUUUCAGCAGAGACCUUAAUGUAUUUUUAAAAAAAGUGUCAAAGGAAAGUUUGUGGGGAAAAAAAAGUGCUUCUUGUAAUUAUGUUGCCAACAUGUCACUUGUCAGGAGAAAACACUUGUGAAAAGCUCCAGCUUUCUGCUUAGUCAGUAUUUAUUUGAUGUCAGGAGACAAAAGCGCAUGUUAAAUGGAAACUGCUGUAUGAUUUUAUUUCUCUGUCAGUUAAUUUUCUGUGACAUCCACUGUAACAUUUAAUAAGUAUUACUUAUCCACCGUGUUAUGCACUUGCUUUUCUAUGACAGCUUGCUUUUAUAAUCUUUCUGUUAUUUUCCUUUCACUUCAACAUCAAAUAAAGUUCUUGGUAUCAGUAAUUCUUUUAAAUAUAUAAACAUACAUAAAUUAGUGUCAUUUUUUUUGACUAAUGUUGUUAAUCAACCAAUAUAAAAUGUCACACUACCUAAAUCUAACAAUGUGGAAAAAUAUGUCCAAGGGAUGAGUAGUGAGUGACAAAGACAUGUAGGAAAGAAGUGAUCAGAAACAAUGUUAGAAGAUCAGGGCUGCACGUCGGAACAAGAAGAGCAACAAAACCGUUCUGGGAAUGAAUCCUUGUCUGAGGUCUCUCUACAUGUGUAUGUGUGGAGUAUCUUUGGCGUAAUCACACAGACUGUUCAGUUUGGUCAUAUAAUGUCAACUCACACCACAUCCUCUUGAGCCACUUUACC